GCGUUCGACGCAUAUCUGCGCAUGCGUGUGAGUGCGCACUGUGUGCGAAGGUGGAGAAGAAUCUCGAGAAAACACUACGUUUGGAAGGAAUGUUAAACCAUUUGGAAGUUACUUAAAUAUUUUAUAAUUUAGAAUUACUUAGUUUCAUAUAUAUAUAUAAAUAUAUUCGCUGAAAUGUCAAGAAAGAACACCAUAGGACCAGAAUACUUCCGGCUGCGUGAUAAUGAGCGCCUCAUGCGGACUCACGAGGCAGUGGUCGAUUUUAUAAAUGAUAGACCUACAAACCACAGCUUUUUAGAUGCCUUAAGUUUUGGUUAUGGGUUUGUUCCAGAAUUGGACAGAAUUGCAGCUCAGUUUACAGGGUAUGAAGGUUCAUCUGAUGAGAAUUAUUAUUAUGAUGAUGAUGAUGACGAUAGGUAUGCCAUCCGUACAAACAACAGAUACUGUGGCUUUUCUCGCAACUUCCUUGAAAGAAGUCUGCCAAAACCAUCCAGACACUUAACAGCUGAGGAAGCAGAAAGAAAUGCAAAAGAGCUAGUGGAUGAAGAAGAAAAACUUAAGAAAAAGGCAGAGAAGAAAAAACAGAAAAGGAUGAGACAGAAGGAGAGACGUCGGCUGGAAAAAUUAGAAAAGGAGAAUACAGAUAAAGAAAAAAAUAACCCGGUUCAAGUUGACCCUGGACCAGAAAAGACUAAACAUGCUGAUAAAAAUGAAAAUAAAAUUAAAAACAAAAAUUGUUCAUCUGUGCCUCCUGAUCCUCAAUGCGCCUCAGCACCUGUGCAGAGCAGUGAUAGCAGUAGUGAAGACAACGGAGACGAUGGUGAGGAAGACUCAACUAUGGAACCAGAGGAGCUUGACAUGAAUAGCUGCUUUGUGUCAAACGCAGCUGCUAUCGCCAAACGCAAACUAGAACAAAAACCCAAACCUGACAAGAAACAUGCUCAAGCAAACUCAAGAAAACAGUGUGGCUCCGAGCAGAAAGACACCACUCCGCCACGAAAACAGAUUGAUAUCAAGGAGGAGAAGUCCGAGGAGACUGUCAAUGCAAAUGACUUGAUUACGAGAAGCAUGGAGUUGGCAGUUAUAGGUAACCAGUAUGCUGUCUCAGGAAACCUGGAAAUGGCUGUGAAAUAUUUUACAGAUGCUAUAAAACACAAUCCUAAAGAGUAUAAGUUAUUUGGGAAUCGUUCUUACUGCUAUGAAAAGAUGCUGCAGUAUGAGAAAGCGUUAAAUGAUGCUGAUAUUGCUCUUUCUAUGAACCCCAAAUGGAUUAAAGGUCUUUACAGAAAAGGCAAAGCGCUUGUUGGACUGAAGAGAUACUAUGAAGCCAGACUUACAUAUAAUGAAGUGUUAAAACUGGACAGCACAUGUAAGGACGCAGCUGAGGAGAUGAUGAGGGUGCAGCUCAUGCAGCUUAUGGAAAUGGGAUUCACUAAAGAGCAGAGUUCAAAUGCCCUUAUUCUUCAUGGAUCUGUAGAAAAAGCCUUAGAAAGUCUCUCUGGUCUGUCAGGUUUAAGCCCUGUCCUAGUGCCCGGAGAGCGCAAGUUUAUGUCCGUAAAGCAAAACCCACAACCUCCAGCUAAAUUCCUCCUCGGACCUCUUCCUCAGAAUCAGCCUAGACACAGUUUGCCAACCGCUUCUCCAGUUCGUCAUCAUCCUCCACAGCUAUUCCCCAUCUGGGUCGGAGAUCUGGUGCAUUCUAUAACCGAGCCAAAGCUUUAUGACUUAUUCAGAUCUGUUGGGCAUGUACAUAGUGUAAGAGUGUUACCAAUGAGACACUGUGCAUUUGUUAACUACACCAAGAAGGAGGACUGUGAGAAAGCCAUAGAAGAUUUCCAUGAUUAUGCCAUUGAUGGGACAACUCUAGUGGUGCGUUAUCCAGAUAGGAUUCACGCACGUCUUGGAGUGUCCAGAGAUGCAUCUACAGAGUCCUCGGGGAAGAAUGGCAAACAGCCUGAUGAAUGUUAUUUUUGGAGGACAAAUGGCUGCAUUAAGAAUGGCUGCACUUACAAGCAUAUACCAGAAAACAAAGGUAUUGACCGAAAUCAAGCCAAAUCACACCCCUGAUUCCCAGCACACCGACAGGGAUUUAACCAUCUCAAUCACUGUAAUUAGUUGGAUACAGUAAAAA